AUGAGUUUAGAGUCCUUGUUUCAGCACAUCAUCUUCAGCGAGCACCAGGCUGAGGAGAGUCGCCGCGUGAUGCGAGAAGUAAGGUCAGAAAUAACCAGGUGUCGUGAAAAAAUUAAAAAAGCAACAGAGGAACUGAAUGAAGAGAAAAUCAAGUUGGAAUCUAAGGUUCAGCAGUUUUCUGAAAAAGCCUUCCUCUUACAGCUUUUGAAAACUCGUGAAAAUGCUUUAGAAAGACAGUGCAGUGAAAUCACAAACCAAAGGAGUGUGCUUCUCCAAACCUUUGAGUCUACAAAGAAAAGAGUGACAGAGGAGGAGGAAAAAUUUAUUAAGGAAAUUACAGACUUCAAUAAUGAGUAUGAAAUAACAAAGAAAAGAGAACUUUUGAUGAAAGAAAAUGUCAAGAUUGAAAUAUCUGACCUAGAAAACCAGGCAAACAUUUUGAAAUGGGAAAUGAAGUCAAUGGAACAUGAUAGUGGCCAGUUAAAUGAACUUCAAAAACAAAAGAGUGAAUUGACACAAGAAUUGUUUAUUAUCCAGAGAAAACAUAAAGUUCUUGAAGAUGAAAAGAAUGAAGCCAUUCGUACAACUGAAUACCUAGAGGCAGAAAAGAUAAAAAUUAAAGAAAAGCCUCAAAAUGAUGCUGAAUGCUUAAGACUUAAAAAAGAAUUAGAACUUUAUAAGGAAGAGGACUUGGAAAGUGUUUAUGAAGCCCUCCAAACAGAAAUAGAGUUUCUGGAGUUGACAUUGGCACAGAAAGAUAUUCAAGAAAAUAAAUAA